CACAUGUUUGAUGGCUGAGACAUGAAUGACUGGGCUAACAAUAACGUCUGCGGGCCUUGAAUCAUGUCCAGGCUUACGCUUGAGCUUUUAGCGGUUACAUCCUUGAAGCAUCAAUUUUGGGUCCGUUCGCAUGCCCCCAUGCAGGGGGGAUGCUGAUGACGAUUGACUGAACAGGUUAUUCGUAUUAAUGAAUGAAAGAGCGGCCACACAAAAGAUGACGCGCCAGAUCGACACGGGGAGCCAUCCAUAUUAACGUAGCACCCAAGCUCUUUGUCUUUCUUCUUCUUCCCUUUCGCCAAGAGCUGCCAACUGUUCACGAUGCACCCGUACCAACUUCAAUCUACCUUUCCUUAAUGACCGUCGUACGUCCGUCGGAACCGCCGAAACCAUGGCCGCUGAGUCUGGGGAGACAGGCCAGACGGGGCCAAUUGUCGCGUCGUUGCUGGUCAACAUGGUCAUCGCGGGCCUCUUCGCCAUAGCUUGCUACAACUGUCUCGAGAUCCUCAUCUCGCUACUGAAUCGCUUCAAACGGCAUGAUGGUCUUUAUUUCUGGAGCAUGGUGGUAGCGACCCUUGGGAUAUUACUGCACAGUAUCGUGGUCAUAUUGAGGUACUACAGCUUGGGGCCCAACUUUUUGCUCUGCGUUUUGACGUGCGUGGGCUGGUAUGGUAUGGUCACCGGUCAAUCUGUCGUGCUGUAUUCUCGACUACAUCUCAUCGUUGAGGAUAAGUCGAAGACGCGAUGGGUUUUAUACAUGAUCAUCAUCAACUUCUUCAUACUACAUGUUCCGACGACAGUCCUCUUCCUCGGAAGCAACACCAAACACUCGGCCCACUUCAUCGGAGCCUUCAACGUCUACGAGCGCAUUCAACUGGCCGGCUUCUGCAUCCAAGAAACAAUCAUCUCAGGCCUAUACAUCUGGGAAACGUCGCGGGGCCUCAAGCCGAUCUUCGCCGUGCGCAAGAAAAUGGAGCGCAAGAUCAUGCGAUACCUCAUCAUCGUCAACAUCCUCGUCAUCCUCCUCGACAUCAGCCUCAUCCUCACGCAGUACAUGAGCCACUUCAACAUCCAAACAACCUACAAGCCCGUCGUGUACAGCAUAAAACUCAAGAUGGAGUUCGUGGUGCUCAAUAAAUUGCUUUUACUCGUCCAGCACAGCGACUGCAAUUGCAUGCACGUAGUCGGCGAACCCGAAACCCCACCGCCAGACCCUUCACACAUAGAAUGUCAAUCCAUCGAACGAAAUUCCUCUACACGAACAGGAAGCGACGUUCCCAUUCAAAUGAACGUCGCUCCAAUUCAGAUGAACCACGUACAACAAUACGAUACCAACGCAUCGUCGCAGUCGGGAGGCCGUCACCAAAAGGCCAACCCUCUACACUUUCUCGACUACUCUCUUCAAACAGCCACUGAAGCACGACCCUCACCGCUGUUACGAGUUCCCCAACUGCAAAUGCCGAAGCCAUCACCCGACACUGAGGCUUCCGUAAGCUAA